AUGGACUCAGUUAGAGUCAGUAAAGACCAACCACAAAAAUAUAUGGAAGCAGAUGCCGGUGAUGGUACCAAAAGGGAAGACCAUUACCUUCAUGGUGUGAAAUUAAUCAUCUGUAUCGCUUCUUUGGUAUUGAAUAUGUUCUUAUGUGGAUUAGAUCAAACCAUUGUGGCUACAAUUCUUACAGAUGUCACCAAUCAAUUCGAAUCUUUCGAUAAAGUUGGUUGGUUAACUUCUGGAUACCUUUUACCCAUGACAGUUUUGUCCGCCAAUUGGGGACAAUUAUCGAUUUUAUUUGGUAGGAAAUGGGUUAUGAUUAUUUCCAUUAUCAUCUUCGAAUCAGGUUCUUUGAUGUGUGCCUUAUCCCCCAAUAUGAACACUUUGAUUGGUGGUAGAGUUUUAGGAGGUAUUGGAGCUUCAGGUAUUCAGUCAAACAUUUUCAUUAUUAUAAGUGAAGUUGUAGAUAUGAACCACAGACCUGUUGCAUUCACAGCCCUUGUAGCUAUCAUGGGUAUUGCAUCAAUCGUUGGUCCAUUAAUUGGUGGUGCUUUCACGACAAAUGUCUCAUGGAGAUGGUGUUUCUACAUCAACUUGCCUAUCGGUGGAGUUGCCGCCAUUUUGUUCUUCAUCGUUUUCAACCCUCCAAAACCAUCCAGAAACUUCAAAGAAGCUUUAAAAAAAAUCGAUUACGUUGGCACUUUCCUCCUCGCUGGAGGUUUGGUGGUAUUCUUCCUUGGUUUAACCUUUGGUUCCAAUGGCCAAUAUCAUUGGGGUUCAGCCGCCGUUAUCCUUUGUUUGGUCUUGGGCGUGUUAGCCAUUAUGGGGUUCAUCUUAUGGAAUUGGAAAUUCAGCCCUAACCCUUUAAUUCCUUUGGAAGUGGCUAAAGUCCCCCAAAUCAAUGCUUCAGCCGCCGCUAUGUUCGGUAUGUUCGGUUCUAUGAUGGUGAUGGUAUUGUACUUAUCUAUUUACUUCCAAAACAUUUGUCAAAGAGAUCCUCUUCAUUCAGGGUUGAGUUUAUUAUCCUUAGUCAUCCCCAUGAUUAUUUGUUCUAUCUUCAUGGGGUUCCUCAUGAAGAAAACCAUGUUGGUUAAACCCUAUGGACUUGUUGGAGGUGCCUUGAUAUUGGUCGGGGGAGGUAUUGUAUCUUUAUUGGAAGUUGAUUCUUCCGACACCAAAAAAAUCGGACUUCCUAUAAUUUCCGGUCUUGCUAACGGGAUUAUCAUGCAAGCAGCAAUAUCAUCAUCCCAAUUAUCUGCUCCAAAAACCCCAGGAGCUAUGAUCAUGACAACUUCUUAUACCAUUUUCUGGAGAAACUUAGGUGGUACUUUAGGAGGUAUUGUUUCCGGAGUUGUCUAUAACACUUCCUUCCACGAUAAAUUAUCUUCAGGAUUGAAAGACUUAGCUACUAGUGAUCCUAGUUUGUAUGACCAAUUCCACAAAUACACCGUCGACCAGUUGAUGAGUUCCACUGAUUAUCUUAAUGAAAUGUCCUCAGCUGGUGUUGCUUUCCUCAAACAUUGCAUGAUGAAGGGUAUAACCAGUGUAUUUUAUCUCAAUUUGGGUUUUGCAGCCAUUUGUUUCUUGGGGUCAGUAUUUUUCACUAACAAAAUGAUCCCCAGUAAAGAUCAAAUCAAGACCAAACAAGAUAGAGAUGUGGAGGACGCAGAGAAAGCCAGUAAGGACGUAGACAAUGCUGAUUCUGACAAAGACGCAGAGAAAGUAACUUCAGAUAAGGACGAGUCGGGAAAGAUUUCAUCGGAAAACCCAAGUGAUAGAGUUUAA